AAUUUACUUACAAAUGAACUAGUGAUAUUAGCUCACUCCAAACAAGAUUAUUAGCAGUAUUAAUAAUGGACUAAUUGAGUUACUUUUUCUCCCAAAUGAACUAGUGAUAACAAUCAUUGAAGAAAGAAAGAAACUCUGUAAGGUAAACCCCAAAAAAAAAAAAAAUGCCUCUUUUCUCAACUGGGAAGAUCCCUAAAGAUUCUAUAGGAAUAGCAACAACAUCAUUUUACUUGAAUCCUCAAGGAAUCAGAAAAGUAACCCAUCUCGCCAUAAUUUCAUCUUCUGGUAACUCUGCUUCUUCUUCUUCUUCUUCUUCUUCUUCUUCUUCAAAUAAAUGUUCAGCUACUUCCAAAAAGUUCUUGGCAGAAAGAUCUUUGAGAAGUGGAAAGCACUGUGAUGGAGCAUUCCAAGUUCAUGGAAAUGAAACUUCCAAAUUAUAUGGUAAGACUAAGGCUAAUGAGGGCUCAACAAAGGGUCCUUCCAUGAUCAUGGCUGCUAAGCAUUCAAUCAAAAGGCGGCCUUUGUGGAGGAAACUGAUCAGGUCAAAGAAGGUCAGGGGCAUAAUCUUGCUUAACAUUGUGAGUGUUGUCUAUGGUAAGCAUUCUUAUUUACUUUCACUGCUCCAGUAAAUGGCAAUUGAAGUACUUGCUCCUUGAGUUCUAUGGUUAAAUAACAGAAUAAGCUCAAUUCAGUCUAUAAUUAUGGUUAUUGAUUUCAACCAGAGUCCAUUUAGUUGGGUUUUUAAUCUUUUAGCUCAUGGUUAAUUUGUUUCACAAAGCCAAGAGGUAGAUUAAAAGAAUUAAGUAUCAAAUUGAAGAAAUGCAGAAACCAUGAUCCUCAUAAUUGUGUGCUAUGGACUCUGAUGUUGAUGCUAGUAAUGGCUAGAAGUUGUUUGUGUUAUGGACUUGAACCAAAUAAUCACACCAAGCUUCAGCCAAUAUGUUGCCUUUGAAAGUGUUUGAUGUAUUUUUAUCACUGUUGGGAUCCGCAGCAAGCAACAUUCUUGUUGUAAAAGAGACAGAAGCUUUUAUGGAUCCAGCAGCCUUCUCUGCGGUUCGAUUUGCUGUUUGUGCGAUCCCAUUCAUACCAUUUGUCUUUCAAGCAAGAAACGAUGUUCAGACUCGCAAAGCAGGUUUGGAGUUGGGAGUAUGGAUGAGUUUAGGCUACCUGAUUGAGGCUCUUGGACUCAUUACUGCUGAAGCUGGGCGUGCUUCGUUUCUCUCCCUUUUCACUGUUAUUGUGGUGCCAUUGCUUCAAAGCAUAUUGGGAACUAUGGUACCGACUCGCACCUGGUUUGGAGUUCUCAUGUCUGUCCUAGGCGUCGGCAUGCUGGAAUGUGGUGGAACUCCCCCAAAUGUUGGUGAUCUGCUAAAUUUUUUAAGUGCCAUAUUCUUCGGCAUUCACACGCUCCGCACAGAACACAUAUCAAGGACUACAGAGGCAGACCAGCACUUGCCACUGCUUGGUUAUGAGGUAUGCGUAGUGGCCUUCCUCUCCUCACUCUGGUGCAUACUAGGAGGAAGUUUUGAUGGUUUACAAGAUAACGAUAAUGUUACUUGGACCCUGGUCUGGGAUUGGAUGGUAACAUUCCCAUGGGUACCGGCACUUUACACUGGUUUAUUUUCGACAGUACUAUGCUUAUGGGCAGAGAUAGCUGCAUUGCGCGAUGUAUCAGCAGCAGAAACCGUAGUAAUUUACGGGACGGAGCCAUUAUGGGGUGCCGGUUUUGCAUGGUUUCUCCUGGGUGAGAGAUGGGGCACAGCUGGUUGGAUUGGUGCUGCUUUAAUACUAGGGGGAAGCGUAUUGGCGCAGAUGUAUGAAUGGUUCCCAAGCGAAUCAAAAGACGGUGGGAAGAACGAUCAGAAACGUGAAUUAAUGAUGCUCACAGACAACCAAAAACAGAACCACAAUCUCUCUGCAACCCCAGUAGUUGUUACAUCAAAGGAUGUCAUCAAUGUCCAAAAGAAAUAAAGUCCAUAGUCCAUACUCGGUACCAAUUUACGCUUACCGAUGUAUACAUGUAAAUAUAUACAGAAUUAUACUAGCACAGGAGAAAAAAAUAAAAAAUAAAAAAGUGAACCUUAAAACAAGUCAUCAACUUUUAAUAUAUUUCCACUCUAGGUCAUCAAUUAAAUUUAUUUAUAAUACAGGUUACCUUACUAAGGUUUUAAUCUAUUUCAGAUUAUUCUGUUAAUUUUGGCCGUUAAAUAGUGACGGAAAUCCAUUUUUCACAUGUUUUUGGGUUCAGGGGUAUUUUUA